UCAUGUUUUUCAACCUAACAUGAAGUUUGUUCUCAAACUUCCCUUUCUAUUUAUUAUUAUUAAUAAUGUGUUUAUAAAGUGCCUUAACCCUUAACAUACCCUCAACAUAUCAAAUGUCAUAUUUCAAAAUGAUAAAACUAAUAAUUAUCACCUCUCUUGUCAUUUCAGUGUAUUCAAAAUUUUAUUCAACUUAUUUUUUCGUUCUAAAAACUCUCAACAAUGUCCUGAAGAAAGGGACAUUGAGAGAAACAUUGACAAUGAAGAGAAGACAGACAUGAUGAGUGUAGAGAAGAAUGCUCCACCUCAGAUCUCCUUUAGGCGUGCUUUAUUUACAGUCUUCUUAUAUAUCUACCUGAGUUUUGUUGACUUUAUGGACCAGUUCAUUUUCAUAGGACUUUUACCUAUUAUAAAAAAGGAGUUCCAGGUAGCAACUAUCACAAUAGGAGUAAUAACUAUAGUGUUUAUAUGCACUAGAGCGAUCUUAGCACCAUUUUUCGGCUGUGCUUCAGAUCGUUAUAACCGUAAGAAGGUCAUAUGCAUUGGAUUAUUCUUCUAUUCCCUUUUCGCCUUUGGAUGCACAUACAUUCCCAAGCAGGGGUUCUGGAUCUUCCUGCUUGCGCGACUAGCUGUUUCAGCCAUGGCGGAAAGCUGCUUGACCCCAGUACCUUCGCUGAUUGCGGAUCUUUUCGGUCCUGAGAAGAGGACACGCAUCCUAGCUUUAUACAUGUGCACUAAGGCAGUGUUCUGUAUCAUUGCUAGCUGCUUUGGAACACCAGUAAUUAACCUGGCAGGUUUGAACUGGCGCAAUGCACUGCGGAUAACCCCAGGGUUUGGCCUUUUUGGCCUAUUACUGGCAAUAAUUGUUAUGAAGGAACCUGAACGAGGAGGAAUGGAAGAUGACAAAAAUGGGGAUGAAGGAACUAAAUUAAAUUGUUCCUGCUAUACUAACCUGAAACAACUGCUGAAAAGUUGUCACUUUCUCACCUUCACAGCUGGCAUAUUAUGCUAUGCUUAUGUGCUUGGUGCGAAAUAUUUUUGGGUCCCUAGAAUAAUUCGACAAGCCCGGAAAGAUGUACCUAUCGAGGUAUAUUGUUGGACCACAGACUGCAGCUAUGAUGAUAACCUGAUUUUUGGAAUCAUCAAAUGCGCUUCUGACCUAAUUGGAAUUGUUAUUGGCACGGAAAUCAGCAAGCGUUACCAGAAGAAGAAUCCUAAUGUCGACGCACUGUUGUGCGGAAUAGGGCUUUUCUUCUGUGCACCUUUCUUUGUGCUCUUUAUAUUCUUUGUAGAAAUCAAUCUGCCUGCUGCCUAUGUAAGUACUAUUAAUCUAGCACACAAUAUAAUUAGUAGGAUUUAUGGCACAGAUUUGCAACACCUAACAUAUAAUAGUAAUAAUGUAGACUGUAUAUUCCCCCACUUUGAUUGCUCUGCAAAUAAUAGUUAAUAAUUCUUUAUUUUUUCAGGGAUUCAUUGCCAUCUCUAGGAUAUUACAAGCAAUAUGCCAAGUCCCGAUGGUUAACAUGAAACUGGUAGUGUAACCUUUACUGUGCUUUAUUUACCCCCAAACUAUUUACCCCCUGUACAGCAAAUGCUUCUUGUCUAUUAGUUCCUAUAGAAGUGAAUUAAGAGCUCUGCAGAUUCUAGAAAAUGUGUCUUUCUAGCCUUAUGUGCCUUGAAGUACUUCUGAAAAUAAUCAGUGGUAGAUGGGUGAUCCUAACCCUUUGUCUUCUCUCUUUAGAACUUAGUGAGCCCAGGACUACGUGGGACAGCUAGUUCUAUUCAAAUGUUAUUUGCUAAGCUGAUAGGAAAAGUAGGGAGCAUAUACUUUAUAAUGUUGAUUUCUGAAGCAAUCCUAAAGCACAAUUAUACUCGGCUCAGUAGUGUGCAGUUUGCGUUGACAUUGGCUCCAUUAGUGGCAAUGAUUGGAGGGAUAGUAUUUUUUACUGUAUAUCUCCUAAAACAGAAAAUGGCAGCAAAACC